GAUCUUGCGCUUUGCAUCCAUCUUGACUGAGCUCAAUUAUUGUGAUAUCGAGCAAACGACACCUAUUCGUUCGGUAUGGCCUCGAAGCAUUCCGCUGCGCGCAUCGCGUCGCAGUUCUCCCAAAGAUGUGCAUCCAACCUCGCCUCUGGACCUCGGCUGUGUCCUCGACUGGCGAGGAACCAAGGGCAGAGGCAUUUCUCAGCUAGUAGGAAUAGCCGCAUCAUGGAGAUGAGUGGCUUUACAGAAGAGCAGUUGACCGUCCGAGAUGCCAUUCAAAGGAUCUGUGCUCAGUUUCCCAAUGAAUACUGGCAACAACAUGACCAGUCAGAGACUGAUCCUAAGGAACUGCAUGCUGCCCUUGCAGCAGAUGGGUGGCUUGGUAUCGCACUUCCGGAGGAGUUUGGCGGGGCUGGCCUAGGCAUUUCAGAGGCGACAAUGAUGCUGCAGACGAUAUCACAAUCUGGCGCUGGCAUGGCAGGUGCUCAAUCAAUACACGCAAAUGUCUAUGCCACGCAACCUCUGGCGAGAUUUGGCAACAAGGAACAGCUCGAAUCAACCAUACCAAAUAUCAUCAACGGCAAUUGGAGGGUCUGUUUUGGUGUUACCGAGCCCAACACUGGUCUUGACACUUUGAGGCUGAAGACCACGGCGACCAGGAAGGGCGACAAGUAUAUCAUCACUGGCCAGAAGAUCUGGAUUACUUGCGCUCAGGUCGCUUCGAAAAUGAUUCUUCUUGCGAGAACGACGCCUUUAGAAGAGGUGAAGAAACCAAGCGAAGGUUUGUCAAUGUUCUGCAUUGAUAUUGACCGGUCCAACCCCGCUCUGGAGCUCAAGAAGAUCAAGAAAAUGGGUGGGCGAGCUGUGGAUGCAAAUGAAGUCUUCUUCGAUCACUAUGAGAUUCCAGCGAACACGCUCAUUGGAGAAGAAGGUCAGGGUUUCAAGAUCAUUCUACAUGGCAUGAAUGCCGAAAGAUGUCUGCUUGCUGGAGAGGCUCUUGGCCUUGGGUAUGCUGCCGUGGAGAAGGCGUCUCGUUACGCGAAGGAUAGGGUUGUUUUCGGUCGGCCAAUUGGCAAGAACCAGGCGAUUGCCCACCCGCUUGCUGAUGCAUACAUGAACCUGGAAGCAGCAAAAUUGGCUACUUAUCACGCGGCACGACUAUAUGACCGAAGCAAGACGGACAAAUCCAUCACUCCACAUGCAGUGGGAGUGGCCUGCAACAGCGCCAAAUAUAUUGCAGCGGAGGCCGCCUUCAAGGCUUGCGAGCGGGCGGUCAUGACUCAUGGAGGAAUGGGUUAUGCGAUGGAAUAUGAUGUCGAGAGAUAUUUGAGGGAAUGCUUUGUGCCUAGGAUUGCACCAGUCAGUCGGGAGAUGAUAUUGAACUUUGUUAGCGAGAAGGUGCUGGAGUUGCCACGGAGUUAUUGAUCAAAUCUUUCUGUCUAUGUCCUCAGGCGCGCCAUCCACAGAAAAUGACUACAAUAUCUCGGGAAAGACCUCAUCAUCGCAUAGUUGGUACGGAGUACCUGGUCACAUUCAAGCAUGUACAGUAUGGCAAGGCUGUGAAGGAG